AUGACCAAGUCCACGACCGAGAAGACUGGCUACGAAGCUGCAUCGCAGGUCAAUGUUCUCUCAACUUUGUUCUUCGCCAUGUUAGUACUUCCCACGUUGAAGCACAACGCGGCGAAGUGCAGCUUCGCCGACAAGUACAUCACGCCUGCAGAUGCCGAAAUCAAGGUUGGCCAAACCUUGGUCGAGGUCCCAUGGUAUCUCGCAAUGCCGACAAAGCUAAUGCAAGUGUUCGUCGGACGCACGGUUGAGCAGGGAGGCCGCGAGCUGGUCAGCGCCACACUUCUCGGUAAGAUUGGUCAUACAUGA